AUGGCACCUGUGAAAUCUGCACUUGUUUCCAUUCUGGAUGAUUUGGAGGCUAAGGAUUUUAAAAGGUUUACCUGGUACCUGUAUCAGGAUGAGCUGAAGGAGGUGGCGGGUGUGCAACACAUUCCCAAGGGGCAGCUGGAAGGGAAAGACAGGCAUGAGGUUGUGGAUAAAAUGGUGGAUCAAUAUGGGAAGAAAGGAGCGUGUCGCACUACACAAAAGAUCCUGAAGAAGAUGCAGCAGAACGAACUUGCUCAGAAGCUAAAAGAAACUCUUUCCAGUAAUGCUCAGUUUGGCAAGGAGCUACAGAAAAAACUUCCUGAUGAGAUUCAGAUUUUAAAGAAGCUACACAAAAAAAUUAUUAAGCCAAUAAUACAAGAAACCACAUCUUCACACGUCAGUCCAUCAUACAGACCUGCACUGACACUUUUCCAUUCCCCUCCCUGCUCAGGCACCUCUGACUCUGACGACUCCGAUGAAGACUCUGACGACUCCGAUGAAGACUCUGACGACUCUGAUGAAGACCCUGACGAGCCCGACGAAGACCCUGACGAGCCCGUUGACUCCGAGGACAUAAUAUGCAGCCCUGAAGAGUUCCAGAAGAUGAAGCAGUGUGCAGUGGAUGUUACACUGGACCCUGAUACAGCAAGUCCGAUACUUGUCCUGUCUGAGGAUGGGAAACAACUUACCCAAGGACACCGAAGACAAGAUCUCCCCGAAAACCCCCAGAGGUUUAAUCCAGCCCCAAAUGUCGUGGGAAAGGAGGGGUUCUCCUCAGGGAGAGCUUACUGGGAGGUGCACGUGGGCAGGAAGAUGGAGUGGGAUCUGGGUGUGGCCAGAGAGUCCAUCAGCAGGAAGGGGAGGAUAACUCUGUGCCCAGAGAACGGAUUCUGGACCAUAUGGCUGAGGAACGGGAGGAAGUACACUGCCAACUCAAGCCCCCCUGUCCCCCUCACGUUGAGGGUGAAGCCCCAGAAGGUUGGGGUGUUUGUGGAUUAUGAGAGGGGUCAGAUCUCCUUUUAUAAUGCAGAGACCAGGUCUCAUAUCUACACCUUCACUGGUUGCACCUUCGUGGACAAAGUGUAUCCAUUCUUCAGCCCCUGUGGGGAUGACGGUGGUAAAAACAAAGCCCCAAUGGUCAUCUGCCAAGUUGACACAUCUCUGCACACACCUGAACACAUGUCUGACUUCGCAGUAUCUGAUGUGGAUUUGGAGAAGAUCAACAUAGCUCUAUCUCAACAGCAGGAAAUGAACAUGAGUAAGAUACAAAAUUACGCAGUGGAUGUGACUCUGGACCCUGACACAGCCAACCCUGAGCUCAUCCUGUCUGAGGACAGGAAAGAAGUUAGGCACGGAGACAGAGAGCAGGCGCUCCCCGACAGACCAGAGAGGUUUAACCGCAUUGUCAACGUGCUGGGAAAGGAGGGGUUCUCCUCAGGGAGAGCUUACUGGGAGGUGCAUGUGGGCGGGAAGAUGGAGUGGGAUCUGGGCGUGGCCAGAGAGUCCGUCAGCAGGAAGGGGAGGAUAACUCUGUGCCCAGAGAACGGAUUCUGGAUCCUGUGGCUGAGGAAGAAGGAUGGGUAUGAGGCUCUUGAUGACCCCUCCGUCUCCCUGACCAUCAAUGAGAGACCCCAGAAGGUGGGGGUGUUUGUGGAUUACGAGAUGGGUCAGAUCUCCUUUUAUAACGUGGAGGCCAGGUCCCAUAUCUACACCUUCACUGAUGUCUUCAAAGAGAAAAUCUAUCCUUUCUUCAGCCCUUGUUCUAAGGAUGGUGGAGAAAAUGCAGCACCUUUGAUCAUCUCUUCUUGUAUUCCAUGUCCUCUGAGCAGCGAUCACCUUCCUGACAGCACUAUAAAAACUGACGCUCACUUGGGGAAUGUAAGAAGGACUCUGUCCCAGCUGGAGAGAGUGGAGUUAAAGAUGAUGCAGCAGUACGCAGUGGAGGUAACCCUGGACUGCAAAACAGCAAAUCUGAAACUCAUUCUGUCGAAGGAUGGGAGGAGAGUGAGACAUGGAAACAGAGAGCAGAAGCUUCCUGACAACAGAGAGAGGUUUAAUCGAACGCCCAACGUGCUGGGAAAGGAGGGGUUCUCCUCAGGGAGAGCUUACUGGGAGGUGCAUGUGGGUGAGAAGACGGAUUGGGAUCUGGGCGUGGUCAGAGAGUCCAUCAGCAGGAAGGGGAGGAUAACGCUGUGCCCAGAGAACGGAUAUUGGAUCCUAGGGCUGAGGAACAGGAAGAAAUACUGGGCUGUGGAGAGCCCCGCCCCUGUUCUCCUUGCGCUGAGGGACAAGCUCCAGAAGGUGGGGGUGUUUGUGGAUUAUGAGGAGGGUCAGGUCUCCUUUUAUGAUGUUAAUGACAGGUCCCAUAUCUACUCCUUCACUGGAUACACCUUCCGAGAAAAACUCUAUCCGUUCUUCAGCCCCUGUGUCAAUGACGGCGGUGAGAACGCAGCCCCAAUGACCAUCUGCCCAUGUUUCCGCUCUCCACUUCCUGAGGGACUGUCUGCCAGCUUUUCAAAUACAGAUGUUCCCUUCAGGACUAUUAGAAAAACUGUGUCUCAGCUCAAGGAAAUGGAGCUAUGGAUGAUGCAGAAACAUGCAGUGGCUGUGACUCUGGAUCCGGACACGGCACACCGUGACCUCACUCUGUCUGCAGACGGGAGGGGGGUCAGGGACGAGGACGCUGCGAGGGACCUGCCGGACAACCCAGAGCGCUUUAACGGGUCUAGCAGUGUCCUUGCGAAAGAGGGAUUCACCUCAGGGAGAGCUUACUGGGAGGUGCUUGUGAAUGGGAAAACAGCAUGGACUUUGGGUGUGGCCAGAGAGUCCAUCAACAGGAAGGGAAAGCUAACUUUGGGCCCUGAGGAGGGAUUCUGGACCAUAUGGCUGAGGAGUGAGAAGUACACUGCCAAUUCAGACCCUGCUGUCCCUCUCACCUUGAGGGUGAAGCCCCAGAAGGUGGGGGUGUUUGUGGAUUAUGAGGAGGGUCAGGUCUCCUUUUACAAUGUAAAUGACAGGUCCCAUAUCUACUCCUUCACUGGAUACACCUUCCAAGAAAAACUCUAUCCGUUCUUCAGCCCCUGUAGGAAUGAUGGGGGUGCAAAUUCAGCCCCGCUGAUCAUCACACCCUUAGUGGGUGAAAAUUCAGGCAGAUGAAAUGGGCUCUGAACACUUACACAUAUCCAGCUGAGCCUGAAUAAAUUUGUUUUCAUUCUGCAUGAACUUCUGACAGACUGACCUUCCAAAACACAGUUCCCAAAAGUUCAGUUCCAACUGGUCAGAGACCAUCCAUCUGCAACGAUGUCCGUUUGACUGUUUUUAUUCCCUUCCUGGUAUGAUUACAUCACUGACAUGACAUCACAGGCACAAUGUUGGAUUCAAACAGUCUAACUCUCGAACAAACCAGCUGGCUUUCAGGGGCUGGCAGCUGUGUGUGGAGGAGCAGCCAAUGAAGAACAAUCACAGCUGAUUGACAAUGAUGUU